AUGAGGUCUACUAUGCUUUCCAAUAAUUAUUAGGGCGCGGUCACGGAAUAUCGAGCGAGUGGUCCCGCUCUAGUGACGGCAGGAUCGACUUCAUGAUAACAAGCCCUAGGUGGGGAAUAGAGUUGUUGAGAGACGGAGACCAACUAUCUCAGCAUUGUAACCGAUUUGUCGAUGGUGCGUACCGUCAAUGGAUCGACUCCGGCCAUAUGCAAGAUUGGAUUAUAGUCGACUGUAGGCACACAAUGCCGAAGAAAUACAGCGUACUCGGUACUAAAAUAUGGCGAGUUGUGUUUGCAGACGGUUACCGUUCAGCAAAGAUACUCGAUCAUGAUAACAACGCCAUUGUGGAGGAUUUUACUUUGAUGAACUAAAUUGGGCAGGGAGUUUGUUUGAAGAGAUGGUAUGCGCGAUAGUUCCUCUUGCGU